AUGUCUUCCAGCUAUGGCCGAGACUUUUUCAAUGGUCUGGUCUCACGGCCAGAGCUCCUCACCAAAUGGAUCAUCCCUGUAGUGGUCCUGUAUGCAGCGUAUCACAUCAAUCGGUAUCUCAGCAGUCGUGCCUUAAACAAUGGCGUGCAAGCCACCUUCGACUGGUCAAAAGAGAUCGUUCUCGUCACCGGAGGCUCGGAUGGUAUUGGAGCUGCGACGGUGGAAGAAUUGGCCGGACGCGGUACGACCGUUGUGGUGCUGGACAUUCGGCCAUUACAAUAUGAUGCUCCCCCAAAUGUCCACUAUUAUCAAUGUGAUCUGACCAAGCGGUCUGAGCUCCAAGCGGUAGCUGAGCGUCUUCGUCGCGAGAUUGGGGAUCCUACCUGUGUCGUCGCCAAUGCAGGUCUCUGCCGCGGCAAGCCAUUGCUUCAUGCUACGUCGCGAGAUGUCGAACUAACAUUUGCUGUAAACAAUCUGGCUCUGAUCUGGACCGCCCAGACAUUCUUACCGUCCAUGAUUAAGCGAAACCACGGCCAUUUCUUGAUCAUGGCCUCCCAGACAGCUCAUCUUGCAACGGCCGGAAUUGUCGACUAUGCCGCGACCAAAUCCGCCGCACUUGCCAUCUACGAAGGUCUCCAGACUGAGCUGCGACAUGUGUACAAGGCCCCCGCCGUACGAAUGUCGUGUGUGUCACCGUCAGCAGUGAAAACGAAAAUGUUCCAAGGCAUCCAAAUGCCCGCCUCGGUCUCGAUUCUGAAGCCGUCGGAUAUCGGGAAAGUCGUGGCUGAGAUUUUGUGGAGUGGAAAGGCCCAGAACAAGAUGACUCCCAGUAUGGCGUACAUCUCGCCUCCGACAAGAGCACUCCCCGAUUGGAUGAGAAUUGGGCUUCAAGAUCUUGGGAAAGAUGCCAUGUCUGCUCUGUCGCCUCACCAUCCGAUGGACGAGGCGUAG